AUGCUGAUUAUCUCAAUCGUUACCAGUGCAAUACUUUAUCAGUCAUGUGCUGCAUUUUCAUUGUUUGGAUUUAUUCAAAGAAACCAAUGCGUAGGGGCAGUAGGACAGUUAAUGUGUAAUGGACGACCAUCUCCUAAUGUUACUGUAAUAUUAUACGACGAAGACUAUUUAAGUAAUAAUGAUUUGAUGCAACUAGGACUUUCAAAUGGAACUGGUCAUUUUGCAAUCUACGGCUGUGCACUUGAUAUGCCAGAUAUAGUUCCGAAAAUACAUAUAUAUCAUCACUGCAAUGUGCAAGAUCAAAAAAGCCCACUUUAUUUGGAGAUGUUUAUACCUUAUCGCUAUAUUGCUAUAAUACCAAUACCACCAACUACAGAUAUAAGAGAGAUAAUAAAGACAAGUACAUAUGACUUCGAUAUCAUAGAUACGACAUAUAGAUCUGGCAUGGAACAUAGCGUUCAUUCACCACCUCCUGGUUAUGGUAAUAACAUUAAUCCAGUUACAACGUGA